AUGAAAAUAGUGUUAUUUCUUUCGUUCUUUUUAUUCUCCUAUGUUAGAACCUGCACUUCCCUAGACAGUUUAGCAGUGAGUCAAUCCAUCCAAGAUGGUCAAACUUUAGUUUCAGUAGAUGGAACUUUUGAAGUGGGUUUCUUCACACCUGGAAAUUCAGCAAGUCGAUAUUUGGGUGUGUGGUACAGAAAUUUAUCACCUUUAACUGUGGUGUGGGUAGCCAACAGGGAAACACCACUCCAGAAUAAUUCAGGAGUCUUGAAACUCAAUGAAGAUGGGGUUCUUGUGCUUCUCAAUAGCACAAACAGCACUGUUUGGUCGUCAAAGAUAUCAAAGGAAACAGUGAAUAAUCCAAUUGUUCAGCUCCUGGACUCGGGAAAUCUUGUCUUGAAAAAUGGAAAGGAUACUAAGGAGGACCAGAUCUUGUGGCAAAGUUUUGAUUAUCCAUGUGAUACAUUAUUGCCAGGAAUGAAGCUUGGAUGGAACUUAGUAACUGGUCUAGACAGGUUUUUAACAUCAUGGAAAAGUGCAGAUGAUCCAGCUAGGGGAGAGUUUUCUGUGCAUAUUAACAUUGGAGGAUAUCCACAACUAGUUUUUAUGAAGGGAUCUGUUAUAAAAUCUAGAAUUGGAUCAUGGAAUGGCCUUGGUUUUACUGGAUACCCAAUUCAACCAUUGAUAGGAAAACAAAGGUUUAUAUUUGUCGUGAAUGCUGAAGAAGUGUAUCAUCAAUAUGAAGUCCUUGAUAGCACGUUUGUCUCUAUAUAUACAUUGAGCCCUUCAGGCCUUUUGCGGAGUUUAGCUUGGACAAGUAAAACAAGUGAUCAGAAAGUUAUUGAAACUGGUCUAGACUCGUGUGAUAUUUAUGCUAUGUGUGGUGCAAAUUCUAUAUGCAAUAUGAAUGGUAAUGUUCCGAAAUGUGAAUGCCUUGGAGGAUAUGUUCCUAACUUUCCUGAACAAUGGAAUAUAUCAUUUUGGGCUGGGGGUUGUGUUUCAAGGAACAACUCUACUUGUAAAAACAGAAACAGUAGCACUGAUGGCUUCUGGAAAUACAAACAGUUGAAAAUUCCAGACACGUCUUCAUCUUGGUAUAGUACGACCAUGAACCUUGAGGAAUGCCACAAGUCAUGUCUGAAAAACUGUUCAUGCACAGCAUAUGCAAAUUUGGAUGUCCGUAAUGGAGGAAGUGGCUGUCUACUUUGGUUUCAUGAUCUGGUUGACACGAGGAUUUUCUCUCAAUGGGGACAAGACCUUUAUAUAAGAGUCCCUGCAUCAGAACAAGAUCAGGUUGCGGAUAAUGGCCACGGAUAUACACAGAAGAAGAUGGUUGGAAUCACAAUUGGAUGGAUUAUUUUUGGAUUCAUUACAUGUGUCUCCAUGCUGAUACUUAGAAAGCGAGGUAAAUUCUGUAUUCGAUUAUUUCAAUGGCGGCAAGAAUAUUUUAGAUUGAGGAAGGAUGACAUGGAUCUGCCAACAUUUGAUUUGUCAAUCAUUGCAAAAGCCACUAAUAACUUUUCUAGCAGAAAUAAACUGGGUGAAGGUGGAUUUGGACCAGUAUAUAAGGGUACACUGAUAGAUGGGCAAGAGGUAGCAGUAAAACGGCACUCAAAGAAGUCUGAUCAAGGAUUGGAGGAGUUCAAAAAUGAAGUUGCAUUGAUUGCAAAACUUCAGCAUCGUAAUCUUGUGAAGCUUCUUGGUUGCUGCAUUGAAGGAGAGGAAAAAAUGUUGAUCUAUGAAUACAUGCCCAAUAAGAGCUUAGACUACUUCAUCUUUGAUGAAACUAGAAGAAAGCUCUUUGCCUGGCUUCAGCGUUUCCACAUAAUUGGUGGUGUUGCUCGAGGGCUUCUCUAUCUUCAUGAAGACUCUAGACUGAGAAUUAUUCACAGAGAUUUGAAAACCAGCAAUAUCUUACUAGAUGCCCAUAUGAACCCAAAAAUCUCAGACUUUGGCCUGGCUCGUACUUUUGGGGAAGAUCAAAUUCAAGCUAAAACAAAAAAACUGGUUGGAACAUAUGGUUACAUGCCUCCAGAAUAUGCCGUACAUGGUCAUUACUCCGUGAAAUCAGAUGUCUUCAGCUUUGGUGUAAUAGUACUGGAGAUAAUCAGUGGAAAAAAGAAUAGAGGAUUUUCUGACCCAGAACAUUCUCUUAAUCUACUUGGACAUGCAUGGAGACUCUGGACUGAAGACAGGCCAUUGGAACUUAUAGACAAACAUUUACGCCAAAGAUGCAUUUUAUCUGAAGUCUUAAGAUGCAUACAUGUGGGUUUGUUAUGCACACAACAAAAACCAGUAGACAGGCCAGACAUGUCCUCUGUCAUUCUUAUGCUGAAUGGUGAAAAAUUAUUGCCCCAGCCAAAUCCUCCUGGAUUUUAUACUGGAAGGAGUUUACCUGAAUCAAUAUCUUUAAAUGAGAUGUCCCUUACAAUUUUUGAAGCUAGAUAGAAUAUGAAGACUAAAGCAAAUGCAGUGUUUACUUGAUCAGGAAAGUAAAUGAUGUAGUUUCCAAUACAUAAUGUUGUUGUGAAAUUUUAACAGACAGAAACUGUAUAUAGCUUUAUCUUAUUUGUCUUCUGACAUAUUACUUACUAGAUCCUGUAUA